AUGAAGGCCACAACCCUUUCACCACAGGAUCUCGCCAAUUUCGCAACAAUUGAGCGAGUGGCCUCUUCACUGUCACUCGUCGGGAUUGCUUUCAUUGUUAUUACAUAUGCCGCGUCACCAUCAUUCCAUAAGCCCAUCAACCGGCUGGUCUUCUAUGCAUCUGCUGGGAAUAUUUUCACCAACAUUGCAACCCUCAUGUCAAGAAACUUCGUUCAUGGAGGCCCCAUGUGUCAAUUCCAAGCUUUUCUCAUCCAGAUGUUCAUGCCUGCUGAUGCUUACUGGACUCUUGCGAUGGCUUGCAACGUCUGGCUCACUUUUUACCGCAAGUACGACAAGAGCCAACUCCGAGCUCUGGAAAAGUAUUAUAUACUUCUUUGUUACGGCAUCCCAUUAGUCCCAGCCUUGGUUUUCUUUGCAGUCAAAUCAGAGAGCAAGGGACGUAUGUACGGUAACGCAACUCUCUGGUGUUGGAUCUCGAAUUCGUGGGACGUUUUCAGAAUCUGUUUGUUCUAUGGGCCUGUGUGGUUCGCGAUAGUUUUGACACUUGGCAUAUAUCUACGUGCCGGCAAGGACAUCUGGGUCAAGAGGAAGCAACUUCGAAACUUCAACAACAGUUCUUCCAAUGGAGAAACAGCCAUACCGGAUCAAAAAGCUUUCGCCUUCAUGGACGGAAUACAACGAACCACUGACAUCUCUGUCAACUACGAGGACAUCACGCCAGUCAAAUCCAAAUUCAACUCGUCUCAAAACUCGCAGGAGAUCUGUUAUCCACAACAACCUCAACCCUCUACCGUAAACACAUUUACCGUCGACAUAACAGGCGCCCAAGCUCAACAGUCACCUCGAAACGAAUACCCCGAAAAGUCAGACAGUAAAAGUAUGGCCUCCCCUACCGCACUCCCACUACCAAGACCAACCAUCGACCGUCAACCCCCACGCAGAUACACCGCAGUCGAAGCCAACACCGCCAUCUGGUCCUACACCAAAGUCUCCCUCCUCUUCUUCCUCGCCAUGAUGGUAACCUGGAUCCCCUCAUCCGCAAACCGCGUCUACUCGGUCGUGAACCCCAGCGAAAUCUCCCUCGGUCUCGCCUACACCUCCGCCCUCGUCCUCCCCCUCCAAGGCUUCUGGAACGCAACCAUCUACGCGACAACCAGUCUCUCCGCCUGCAAAGAACUCUGGGCAAACAUCAAAGCCGGCCAUCCUUUUGCAGACAGCAAUAUCCGCAUCCCCAGCUUCCGCCGCAGCAAACGUAGCGAACAAGACGUCGAACACCGUGGUGCGACGAUCCGCAAACCGCGCCCUUCGCCUAGCAAAAGCUUUUUCGCGGACGGAGACAGCAUGACGGAACUUCAGCCUAGUCGACCUACGACUAAGGACUCGUCAUUCACUCCUUGA